GGGCCUGUAUGCCGUUUCGCGCUCAAAACGUUAACAGUCCAUUCGGAAUCGGAAAGCAAGCUGGCUGUGACUUGGAGGUGAAGCGCAUAUUUCUUCCGACCAACGCCGAAUUUCCAUAAAAUUAAGGUCUUGCCAGCCAGAAGACAGGAGCCAACCAGACAGGAGGAGGUGUACCCUGUUGUUCAUAAAUAUGGCCAUGCCCCUGUUCUGUGUUGUCGAGUUCAUUGACGAGACCUACGAUGGCCAAUCUGUGGUGGAUAUAAUUCCAACAUGUUGGAUGACCGAAGAACAAAAUGAGUGUUUCUGGCCAUCAGGCCGUAAUGUAACCAAGGCUGUGAAGGAUCGACAGAAGCCAGAGGAAUCGUGGCUGAAAUACUCCAUCAGGGUACUUGGAUGGGCAGACACUUUAGAGGCUGCUCGCAAAAAAUGUAAAAAAGCGGAGGCAACGUCUGACUUACAGACAGAUGGUGAUGAUUUGCCUGCAAGGCGAAAAAGGAGAGCACCAAAACCCCUGCUGGCUUCCAGUGAGGAGGAAACGGACAUUGAGGGAGAUGUCUUGCCACCUACUCCUCCCGAGGCGUUUAUGUCUAAGAAAAUGUGUGGUGCAGGUGAAGCCCGGACAAAAAACAGGAGGACAAGCCGCAGCCCUCAUGUGUCCCAGAGGGGACUCAGCAGCCCUCAUGUGUCUCGUAGGGGAAGCCGCAGCCCUCGUGUGUCCCAGAGAGGAAGCCGCAGUCCUCGUGUGUCCCAGAGGGGACUCAGCAGCCCUCAUCUGUCUCAUAGGGGACGCCGCAGUCCUCGUGUGUCCCAGAGAGGACUCAGCAGCCCUCAUCUGUCUCAUAGGGGACGCCGCAGUCCUCGUGUGUCCCAGAGAGGACUCAGCAGCCCUCAUGUGUCUCAUAGGGGAAGCCGCAGUCCUCGUGUGUCCCAGAGAGGACUCAGCAGCCCUCAUCUGUCCCAGAGGGGAGGCCGCAGCCCUCGUGUGUCCCAGAGAGGACUCAGCAGCCCUCAUCUGUCCCAGAGGGGAGGCCGCAGCCCUUGUGUGUCCCAGAGGGGACACAGCAGCCCUCAUGUGUCUCAUAGGGGAAGCCGCAGCCCUCGUGUGUCCCAGAGAAGAAGCCGCAGCCCUCAUGUGUCCCAGAGAGGACUCAGCAGCCCUCAUGUGUCUCAUAGGGGAAGCCGCAGUCCUCGUGUGUCCCAGAGAGGACUCAGCAGCCCUCAUCUGUCCCAGAGGGGAGGCCGCAGCCCUCGUGUGUCCCAGAGGGGACACAGCAGCCCUCAUGUGUCUCAUAGGGGAAGCCGCAGCCCUCGUGUGUCCCAGAGAAGCCGCAGCCCUCGUGUGUCCCAGAGAAGAAGCCGCAGCCCUCGUGUGUCCCAGAGGGGACUAAGCAGCCCUCACGUUUCCGGGUGGCGGAGCAGGUCCCAGGGUUCCCGCAGCCCCAACGUUUCUGGGAGGGUAACCAGGGUCAGCCCAGCAAGACAGAGUCUGACCCCGAGAAACCCCUGUGGGUCCCCCACAAGUGGCCUCAGCAUGAGCCUACUUGGCAGCAGCCCCACCCCGUCUCCUGGCCACAGAGCAGCCCAGUUACUGCGUGGCCAAAGUUUAGCCCCCCAAAAAAUUGAUGGAGCAAUGUUCAUCACACUAGUGACAUUGCUAGAAGAAGUGAAGGACACACUGAAGCUGCAUGGCCAGAUGCUAAACACACUGCUCAAAAAAGAUUCCAUGCCAGUCAUGGCGAUACCGGAUGGUGCUGUUUUCCCCCUGGCCAACGUUGAGGACGUUAUCGCCAUGAACGAGAAGCUCUCAGACCCUGAAUUCAUGUCUGCAGUGGUUGCCAUGGUUGCAGACAUAGGGGGUUCCUCACUUGAAGAUGCCACUAGGAGGAUGAUGAAGUUCCUGAUGGUGCCAGAACUGCAACGGCAGUACAACGUGACCGGACGGAUGGGCAAGCUGUGCUUCAAAGAUCUGCGUCUUUUUGAAGUUUUCUAUGGUGCACUGAAGAGUAAUGCAAUAACUGCAAACGUGAACCGAAAGGAUGUGGAAAUGGCACUGGGGAAAUGGUUUACAGGCGCACGUGACCGUGGCGGGGAGAGGGCUGCAAGAGCCCUAAGACAAAAAAGAACGUCAACAACACAAACGCCAUGACUGUUUUUGAUGUAUUUUUUUGGAGAGAUGUUUUGUUUUCUGACAUUUUUAAAAAAUAUAUUUUUUUUAUUUUAUUUACCAGUAAGGUACCGGUAUUUAUUUACGGUUUUUUUUAUUUUUCAGAGAUUUUUUUUAAAAUAUAUUUUUUAGUUUACUGUAUGUUGUGACAUUGUUUUUUUUAAGAGAAUUUUUGUUGUUCAAUUUAAUAUAUUUCUUGCAGUUCAAAGCAUCAAGUGUCUUGUAUUUAUCUUGUACUUACAUUCAUUCUUCAUUUUUAAUUUUUCUUAGAUUGUUUCCUUAAAUGAAUGGUUGGGCUUACCUUGCAUGAAUUGCCCAGUUAGGACCAACAUAAGAUCCUUACAGAGCCCACUUUAAGCCCAUAUGGGCAUUCACGGUUGAAUCCUGGUGCAAGCCCACUUUAGGCAGGUGGGGCCCAAAUGGGUCUGACAUGAAUUGCCCAGUUAAGACCCACAUAAGACCCUUACAGAUCCCACUUAAAACCCACCUGGGCAUCCACGGCUGGCCCCC